AUGUCCUGGCAAGCAUACGUAGACACCAACCUCGUCGGUACAAAGAGAGUAGCUCAGGCUGCGAUCUUGGGAAAGGCUGGAGGUAUAUGGGCUAAAUCCUCAGGGAUCACGAUCUCCCCAGAAGAGCAGAAGGCGAUCACUGCUGCGUUCACGAACAAAGCUGCAGUUCAGGCCUCUGGCUUCCGUGUCGCUGGCCAGAAAUACUUCUUCCUAUCGUCGGAUACCUACGGAGAUGAUCCGGAUCUUAUUGUGGUUCAGGGCAAGAAAAAUGCGGACGGUGCUGUACUAGCACAAACGAAACAAGCUAUCCUCGUCGUUACAUACGCUUUUCCUCAGACAGCUCAAGAUGCAGGCAUGGUAGUCACCACUCUGGGAUCAUAUCUUGCUAGCCUAAAUUACUAG